AUGUCUCAUUCCAAUCGUACCUCGUUUAUGACAGCUGAUACAGGAUCCACCAGAAACUCAAUGGGUAGUACAAUUGAACAAGAUAUACAAUAUCCUCAUUAUAACCGGCACCACCACACCUCGCACCACGUAGAACUGAGCAAGCAUGAUGGAGAAUUGCCACGACAUAAAAGUGUUCUUCGAAAGAAGACGAAUACAGAAUUACAGCACAUACAUAAGCCUGAAAAUAAUAGAGAUUAUGAUAACUCACAUAGAGCAUCGUUUUCAACAGAAAGCUUAGAAUCCAGCCAUACUGUUAUCAAUGAGUCAUCGCAGUCUAGUUAUAACUUGAAAGAAAAACCAAAUAUUUUGCUCAAUGCCGAGCUUAGUCCGAGGAAUACUAAUUCGGAGACUAUGACUCCCGAAUUAAAGACAUAUCCCAUCGCAUGGGUGCUAUUGUUCUCGAUUGUUGUUCUGAGAGCUGCCACUGCUAUAUUUGGUAACACUUUUAGUCCCAUUCCUUCUGUCACAGCCGAGUUUAUGGGAAUUUCGCUAUCUAGCAUAAACUGGAUUUACAAUGUUAUGUCCAUCUGUUACAUUGUGGCUAGUUUUUUUACCAGUUGGUUAUACUUGGUUAUAGGAGUCAAAUGGUCUCUCGUCUUAUCUGGUGUUAUACUCUCCAUCGGUUGCUGGGUUAGAUGGGUUGCAGUAAAAAUCAGCCCGCCUUCAUUCCCUAUCCUCAUGAUUGGACAAACUAUCGCAUCAUUCAGCUCACCGAUUAGUCUAAAUAUCAUGACAAUGUUUUCCACAUUAUGGUUUACGGAAAAUCGAAGAGCAACGGCUGGCAUGUUUAUCGUGUCUAACUACGGUGCUAUUAUUGCCAUGUUCCUCAUGCCGUCUAUUGCAACAGGUUCCGAUAAGAUUGAGCUAACAGUUAUCGUAGUUGCAUGUAUAGCUACAGCCGCCACCAUCCCAUUUUUGUUUUUUCCUACCAAACCAGCAACACCGGCUUCUUAUAGUGUAAAUAAUGCAGCUGAUAAGAAUUUAUCCCUACCUGAAAUGACUUUACUCCAAGGAACUGUCAUUUUGCUAAAAAAUCCGCAUUUUUUAACACUUUGUGUCGUCCAUGGUUUGAAUGUUGGAUUAUCGAUUGCAUGGAACGGUCUUAUGAAUCAGGCCAUUUCUCCUUAUGGUUAUACGGAUAAUCAAGUCGGCAAUAUCGCUGCUAUUGGUGUCGUAGGAGGAACUCUUGGUUGUCUUAUAUCUGGGCCUGUCAUUGAUAAGACAAAGCAGCAUACAAUUUUGUUAAAGAUUAUGACGCCAUUAAUGUUUAGUACAUACGUAGCUUUUAUCUUUGUCGUUAAAAAGGAUUCUUUUGCUGCAAUACUUUAUACCAAUGCCCUCAGUCAAUUCUUUCUUAGUUUUAUGGUGCCUGUAUGUGUCGAAUUAGGCGUUGAAAUUUCAUAUCCUGUCCCUGAAUCGUUGUCUACUUCUAUUUUAUGGCAAAUUGCGCAGGUCAUUGGUUUUGCACUAGUUAUCGUUAUGGAUUUGUUCCGAGAUACAAACGGAGUCCCAAAGAAUAACUUGUACAAGGCCUUAAUCUUCCAAGCAGUAGUUGCUGGAGUUUGUUUACUCUUUGCUGUUGUCUUUAAUGGUCCUAUGACUCGAUCCAUUGCUUUAAAAGAACAAGAGGAGAUCAGAAAAACAAAGUUAUUAGGAUUGAACAAUACCAAUACACGGGGUUUCUUUGAGUCCAACGAAACGCUUCAAGGUUUAGACGCAGAUCAUUUGAAUUACCCGCAUAAAGUUGGCGAAGUUGCUUAAAAAAUAAUAUACCAGAGCAGUAGUUAAAAUGAUGCGUUCCGAAAAAAUAACCCCUGCUUUAAUUGACUAAUUUAACAUAAUUAUAACUCUGUUUUUUUCACGUUUUAUAUAUAAUAAAG